AUGAAGCUGGUGAUAGUGCUCAUGCUGACCGCCCUCCCCCUUUUCUGCUAUGCCGGGAGGACUCGGACCAUUGUCCAUAAGCUCCCUGAGUGUCUGUCUCUGCUGGGAGGUAAGAAGAUGGCCAUCGUCCUGGCUACGCCCAGCAAGGAGGUGGUGCCUUCGGAUCUGAGCCGGCUUUUGUGUGCUUUCUUCCCAGGUUCUGGCUGCCAAGACAUAAAUUAUGUGUUUAAAAAGCUCCUUGAUCCCCAAGAGUCCAAAACUGAAUUCAUCCUAGACGUUGAGGAGUUCAUCAAUAGUGGAAUUACUGAGAUGGCCCUCAAGGAGUUUAAGCAGUGUUUUCUCGACCAGAGCGACGAAACCCUGAACAACUUUGGCGAUCUGGUGGUAAUGGUGGCUUCUUCUUCCCGCUCUGGCUGCUCUGGCCGGGGACCAGUAGUCUCUCAGUUCUCUACUAACUACUUUUUUCUUAGUCACUAUUUUUUAAGAUGUAUUUUUAUUGAUUUCAGAGAGGAAGGGAGAGGGAGAGAACGAGAGAAACUUCAGUGA